AAAAUACCUAGGGCCGGCUCUGGAUCUAUACUUCAUACAGUUUCUUUAGCCUGCUUUGUCAAAGAUCUCUAGUGCUGCAAAUCCCAAGAUUGCACAGCAUUGAACCAUGGGAGUUCAAGUAUUGUUAAACUGCAUUCCUUCUACAGUCUAAAGCAGAGCUUUCCAAAUGGUGUCGGGAGUCAACAGGUGUGUCACAUUAAAAAGGCUUCCUCCACCCCCACAAACAGGCUGCCUGACAGGAAGACAAAGUCAAAGCCCUCCUGACAGAUGGCCACCCAGCCUCAGUUCAAAAAUAUCUAGAGGAGGUCUAUACUUCACUAGAAUUGAAAGGGAUCCCCAAAGGACAUUUCGCCCAACCCCUUACUGCCAUUAAGGAAGACAGUCAAAGCCCUCUAAACAUAUGGCCAUCCAGCCUGUUUAAAAAACCUUCAUAAAGGAUUGAUCACUACCUUGCACAUAAUCCCUUAAUUCAGACUGUGUCAAAUCAUAGUACUUACUCAUUAAAUGCUUGUGCACAUGAUUGCACCAUAGUAAUAUCAUUGUCAAAUUUGCAGAUGAUACAAUAGUGGUGGGGCUUAUCCCUGAAGGGGAUGAGUCUGCCUACUGGGAUGAGGUGGAUCAGCUGCUUUCGUAAUGCAGGGACAAUGUUUUGCUUCUUAACAUCAAUAAACCAAAGAGCUUAUAGUAGAUUACAGAAAUAAUAAAUCAGAAAUUCAACCUUUGGUUAUAACGGGAGAUCAAGUGGAGCGGGCGGCCAGUUUUAAAUUCCUGGGUGUUACUGUUAAGGGUGACCUGACUGCGGCGAUGUUGGUUAGGAGGGCCCAGCAGAGAUUGUAUUAUCUGAGACUUUUAAGAAACCAACAAUUGAAUGAGAAACUGCUGGUGAUUUUCUACCACUGUGCUAUAGACAGCGUUCAAACCUAUUGCAUUUGUGUAUGCUUUGCUUUGCUAAUUGCAUAGUGGCAGAUAGGAAGGCACUUAUCUGACAUUUAUAUUGAUUUAUUGUAUAUAAUACAAUGUUUAAGGAGCCCUGGUGGCGAAAUGCGUUAAAACACUGAGCUGGAGACCGAAAGGUCCCAGGUUCAAAUCCCAGGAGCGGCGUGAGCGACCGCUAUUAGCUCUAGCUCCUGCCAACCUAGCAGUUUGAAAACAUGCCAAUAUGAGUAGAUCAAUAGGUACCGCUCCAGCGGGAAGGUAACGGCGCUCCAUGCAGUUAUGCCAGCCACAUAACCUUGGAGGUGUCUACAGACAAUGUCGGCUCUUCAGCUUAGAAAUGGAGAUGAGCACCAACCCCCAGAGUCAGACAUGAGUGGACUUAACGUCAGAGGAAACCUUUACCUAAUACAAUGUUUAAUGUUAUCUAAUACUUCGUUGUUAUUCCAUUAGUGAGUAUUUGUCAGUUAAACCCUUGGGAACCGUUUUUUUCUUAUAGAUAGGAGGGUGCUCCAGAGGGUUACCACGACUGCCCAGAGAAUUAUUGGUUGCCCUCUCCCCUCUUUGGAAAAACUUUAUAAUUUUUGCUGCCUUAAGAAAGCUCAAAAUAUUCUUAAGGAUCCCUCUCACCCUGGAUAUUCCUUUUUUGAAUUACAGUAGAGUCUCACUUAUCCAAGCCUCACUUAUCCAAGCUUCUGGAUUAUCCAAGCCAUUUUUGUAGUCAAUGUUUUCAAUAUAUUGUGAUAUUUUGGCUAAAUUAGUAAUUACAACAUAACAUUACUACGUAUUGAACUACUUUUUCUGUCAAAUUUGUUGUAUAACAUGAUGUUUUGGUGCUUAAUUUGUAAAAUCAUAACCUAAUUUGAUGUUUAAUAGGCUUUUCCUUAAUCCCUCCUUAUUAUCCAAGAUAUUUGCUUAUCCAAGCUUCUGCCGGUCUGUUUAGCUUGGAUAAGUGAGACUCUACUGUAUUACCAUCUGGCAGACGGUAUAGGAUGAUAAAAACUGUUGGGAAUCAUCCUGGACUACUCAAGUCUAAAUGUAGUUAGAUAGAUGAUAGAGUUAGAUUGAGGGAAUCCUUUCCCUGUUUCCAAAGCAUGCCUAGACAGGUUUUACUGUGUUUCAUUCUAUCCUGUUUCUUUGAAGUUAGUGGAAAUGUGAAUCUUUAGGGACACUAACUUCUCAUUGGUCAGAAUGUCUUUUAUGGCCCCAAUAAACUGGACCAUGCAGUUGGAACCAUUUUUGGUUCUCUCUUCUCCCUUUGUUCUUCUAGCUAAUAAGAAGCAUCUUGCUGUCUCUCCUGGCAAGAUGUAACUGUUUAGAUGUUUGUUAUUUUUCCUUUCUUAUUUUUCCUUAGAAACCAGUCUAGAGUAGAUAGCUCCCAAGCCUUUCUAUCUACAAUGGAGUUCUUUUUACCUGAAUAAAUACUUUUUGAACUUUUACUGAGACUCUGCAGUCCAUUGCAAUCCUAAAUGGUCAAAGGCUUCUCUUUGCUCGCCCCGUGUAACUGUUGCAUGCUUUUGCUUUUGCUACUCUGCUGAUUUUGGGUGGAAUCUCCCCCAGAGAGGGUUAAAUUGAGUCUAACCGCUCAGAGAUUACCACAACAAAAACAAGGACAAAUAGGAUGAGAGAUAACUUUUCUCCUAGAGCUAUGACUAUAUUGAUGUCUGUGGUUUCACACUCAUGUGGCAUCAGGUGUUGUGCAAUAGCGAUUCGAACGCGAAAGCAUGGGUGCUUUGUUUUAUAAUUUGCACACUUUGUUGUAUGACGUACAAUGACAAUAAAGGUAUUUUAUUCUAAAAAUGGGAGGUAGUGGAAAAACUUUGCAUGGCUUUGGGGGCCAAGUGAGCUUUCCCUGGUGAGUGGCUCCAGGCCAGCCUUUGCACAGCCUCUCUUACGCAAUAAGGCUCAAGGAAAGGAAAACAAGGCGCAGGAGACAUCACAUUUCACGCCUGCCCCCCCUUCCCUGCUUCCCAUAAAUAAGGAUUGGUUCAGUCGUGGUUAACUUUGGGGCAGGAAGGGGGAGGGCCCUUCCUCAGCGCUCCUCCGGCAAAAGGAGAUCGGUGGCAGGAGGGAGAGGACUGGCAGAUGGGACACCUUUCUGUGACAAGAGGGCCAUGCAGCUGUGCAGUGGCGGUUUUCUCCUACUCUUGCUGGCCAGUGUGCCUCCCAGCUUCCUGCUGAAAGACCAAGAGGAAGAUGAGCUGCCUCUGACAACUACCAGGCCUACCAGGGUCACCGCUGCCCAGAAUGUGUCUGGCUGCCCAUCCAAAUGCACCUGCCCGACAGAGGAGACAGUUGAUUGUGGUGGUCUUGAUCUCCACAUUUUUCCCAGCAAUAUCUCAGCCGGCGUCCAGCAUCUCUCACUACAGAAUAAUCUGUUGCAAGAGCUGUCCUAUAAUGAACUGUCCCGACUGGCCAGACUGAAAACGCUCAAUCUGCAUAACAACCACAUCACCUCUGAGGGUCUCCCAGAUGAAGCCUUUGAAUCCCUGCAGUUGCUUCAGUACCUCUACCUGGCCAAUAAUAAGUUGACAGUGGCACCGCAGUUCCUACCCAGCAGCCUGCGCAUUGUGGACCUUGCUGCCAACCGCCUGACGUGCAUCUACCCAUUCACCUUUGGCCAUAAGCCUGCCCUCAGGUCUGUCUAUAUGCACAACAACCAGCUAAACAACACCGGCUUGCCCUUUGAUGCCUUCAAUGGCUCUGAUGCGGUCACUACCAUGAUCUUCUCCAGCAACCGGCUCACUUAUGUGCCCCAGAAUUUACCCCGUGCCAUCGUCCGCCUCCACUUACAGAAUAACCGCAUCACUCGUGUCCCAAAAGGAGCCUUGAGCAGCCAGUGGCGUCUACGGGAGCUCUACCUGCAGAACAAUAACCUGUCCAGCGAGGGCCUUCACCCUUCUACCUUCAGGCUGAAGAGCCUGGAGUACCUGGAUCUUUCCAACAAUAACCUGACCCAGGUGCCGGCUGGCCUUCCUGCAAACAUUGUGAUUCUGCAUCUGGGCCGAAACCGUUUGAGUGUCCUACCGCCUGAGCGCCUCAGCCGCGUGAGAAGCCUGCAGUACCUUCUGCUGCAGGGCAACCCCUUGACGGUAGCAGGUGUGCACUCUGAGGCCUUUUCCCACCUACGCUCCCUGCAUACGCUUCACCUCUACAACAACCGGCUGGAUGGCAUCCCGCUUGGACUCCCACGGCGGGUCCGCUCUCUGAUGUUGCUGCACAACCAGAUCACACGGGUUGGGCUGCACGACUUUGCGGCUACCUAUUUCCUGGCUGAGCUCAACCUCAGCUACAACCGGCUUUACAGUGCCCACAUCCACCGCUUGGCCUUCCGCAAACUGAGGCUUCUGGAGACUUUGGACAUCUCUGGCAACCUGCUCACCCUCUUGCCUGCUGGGCUACCUGCUAGUCUUCAGAUCCUCAACCUUCAGAAGAACCAGCUCAACUCCCUUUCCCCAGAAUUGUUGGCCAAUCUCACCAUACUAAAGGAGUUACACCUGGCACACAACCGCCUGCGGAUUGCCAGCAUCUCCCCAGGCACGUGGCAGGAGCUGCAUGGGCUCAAGCUCCUGGACCUGAGCUACAAUGAGUUGUCAUAUGUCCCGCCAGAUUUGCCUGAAUCCCUAGAAAAUCUUUACCUGCAGCACAACAGGAUCGCAGUCAUUAUGGCUGAAGCUUUCCUCACAACUCCCAACAUUCGAGUCAUCAGCCUGAGAUCCAAUCGUUUGUUGGCAGCCAAUGUGUCUGAAAUGGCAUUUGCAGACCUGAAACUUCUGGAGGUAAUGGAUACAACAGGAAAUCCAGAGCCCAUCAACAUCUCUUUGCUACAAGCUGCAAACUGGACCCAAACUCAAAUGGGCACUUAGGCAGCCCAGAAGAGGUCACCAUCCUCAGCUCUUCUGCACUGUACUUCUUUGGGCUUGUUGAUCAAGACGACCUCAUCUGGCCUGACUGCAGACAGCUUUCUGGAGCGAUUUGCACUGAGCCACGUUUGCUCUAUCGGGCUCAGUCAGUAUUGUAGAGCAGCUGGGCAACUGGGCCACUGCAGCAUGCUGUCUGCUUUUCCAGGAAGCAGGAAUCUGCUACAAGCCUUUGGUUUGAGCCAGAAAAGAGAGUGGUAACUUAAAAAUAAACCAAUUGCACUGUUGCAACUGCAGCAGGGCCCCGAUUCAGAAGACUUGUGCUAACUUGGGGUGCAGAAACUGUGCUGAUACAGCCAAAUUCUCAAUUGAAUAGGACCAGAAUGACAAUCAAGAACAGGCAAAGAUGACUCUGUGUGCGCGCGCGCAAAUGUACACAAACCACUGAUCUGCAGAAUUGCCUGAGUCACUUAUGGCUCAGUUCCUGUUCCUACAUCACUCUGUUACUCAGUUUGGUAACUAAAUAUUCAUUAAGCUAUACAAUAGGGCAGUUAACUAUAGUUUCCUUAGAGCAAAUGCACUGUUUUACUGUGUUAUGGUGGUAGCCAGUCUCUUCACAAAACUAUUGGGCAAUUUCUGGAUGUCUCACAUGGCCAAAGUGUGAGUAGAUUUUCGACAACGUUUGUCCAUGGAAGGCAAGGUAUUGAGUUGAGGUUCACUGCAAGAAAACAUUUCACUCCUAGAUAAGGAUAAUAUUAUAACAAGGAGAUGAAAGCCUAGGAAAACCAAAGAAUAUGUGAAAAUGAAGGCUUCUAGGACAAGGCUUCUAGGAAAAAGCGUUCUGAUAAUCCCCACUCAUGUGGACCUUGUUUUACUUGGGACAAAUGUUUUGGAUUACUAACUCCCACAAUCCCUCAGCCACACUUACAUGAUCAGAUCAGUCGCCUUUGAGAGCUUACAUUAGUUAGAUAUGCUGGUAAGAGAGCAUUGCUUUUAAAACAACACAAGAAACUUCUACAGAAAUAAUGUCUUGAUGAUAAUGACCUUACCCAUCAACACAGGAAACAGAAGUAAUGGAGAUUUUAACAAUGUUUUUAUUAUUGGUGCAAGAUUCCAGUAUGAGUCUUACAGAGAUUUCUUUUAAAAUGUCCACCCUUAAUUUUUUAUAUAUAUAUUUUUGUCAUUUUAAGCAUAAAAUAAAGCCGCAACACAUUAGA